AUGCUGGCAGACGCGGGUCUGAUCCAGACCAGCCUGAUCUGGGUGGCCUACACCUGCGCCGUCGUCUUUUGCCUCAUCGCCGCCGUCAUCACCACAUUUACCUGGCAGACGCCGCGCGAGCGCUCCGCCGUCGUCAGCAUCGUCGCCAUUGUCAGCCUCACGGCCCUGCUCGCCACCGUGCUCCUGCUGCCCGUCGACAUUGCUCUCGUCUCCGCCACCGGCUCCGUUCCGCUCGGCGUCAAGAAGCCCUGGGCCACGCCGGCGCGCGUCGCCGCCCUCUUGCGCGCCCUCCAGGUCCUCUACUACACACUCUACAGCGUCGACGCCCUCCUCUGCCUACUGCUCAUCCCCUUUGCCUACUUUUGGUACGAAGAGUACGAUGAGAUUGAGUUUGAGGAGGAGGGCCGCACCUGGCGCUCCCGCCUCUGGGCCGCCGCCAAAUAUACCCUAUUCUUCCUCGCCCUCGUCGUCGUCCUCUUCCUCGUCGGCUUCUUCGUGCCCGCCGCUGGCCGCGGUGAUCCGGGUACGAGCUGGCGCCACCUCGAUUCCUACUACCAACAUCUCAUCGCACAGAACAAUGGCGAAAAGGCCCUCACCUUUGCGCUCGGCUUGCUCGUCACCCUCGGCACCCUCCUCUACAUCGUUUACACCAGCGCCGGCCUCGCCCUCAUGCCCAUCUCCUUCAUCAAGUCGGCGCCUCGCGUCUCGGCGCCCCAGCUCUCCGCCACCACGGCCUCGCAGCUCGAGCAGAAUCGCGAGCGCCGCCGCCAACUCGAGAUGCGCUACGCCGGCCGCGACGACGGCAGCAUGACCCGCAAGGACCGCCGCGAGCUUGACGCCCUCGUCCGCGAGGAGCAGACCCUCGUCCGCCGCGAGCGCCUCGCCGCCGAGGCCCAGGGUGAGGGUCACAGUCGCCUCUACCACGUCUGGCUCCAGGUCUGUGCCUUCUUCCGGCCCGUCAAGAUGAUCGGUGGCAUCGCCCUCCUCGUCCUCUCUGUCCUCAUCGCCGUCUCCAUGCUCAUCACCGGCAUCGACAAGGCCACCCACUCGGUCUGCAAGCAGCGCUGCGGCUACAUCCUGGGCCAUAUCCGCGUCUUCCAGCCCAUCAACUGGAUCUUUGUCAAGACCGCCCGCGUCUUCCCCGUCGACUACGUCCUCAUGGCCCUGCUCGUCCUGCACCUCUUCAGCAGCUCCAUCUCCGGCAUCGCCACCGUCGGCAUCCGCUUCCUCUGGAUCCGCAUCUUCCAGAUCCGCCGCGGCCGUACCGCGCCUCAGGCCCUUCUCAUCGCCACCGUCAUGCUCGGCCUCAUCACCCUCGCCAUCAACUACGCCGUCGCCAUGUUUGUCGCCCCGCAGUACGCAGCCUUUGGCACUCAGACCUUUUGCAGCCUUGAGCCUACCCACCCCGGUCAGCCGCCCGACUGCCGCUCCAGCCCGGACAGCGUGCUCCCCUGCGCCCAGUCACCCGAGUACCCCUUCGCCGCCCACGCUUGCACCCCCUCGGUCCUGUCAACCUUUCUCAACCGCAUCACCAUCACGUGGCCAUUUUUUGGCAUCGUCGCCUUCUGGGGACAGUUUGCGUUUCUCGCCAUCUUCCUCGUCGUGCUCGUCACCGCCAUCUUCCGCACGCCCCGCGUCAACCUCGCCGAAUUGGACGAGGAUGCUGAAGAGGACGAGGAGGAGAGCCUCCUGGCAGCCACAGGCCGGCGAUUCGCUGCGAGCUGGGAGGACGCGCGCAACAACACCAGCAGCAACAAUAAUCGCAGCUACGGCACGGCCAACGCGUAA